AUGCCAACCAUCACCAAAAAAUAUAAAGCUGCCGCCGUCAACGCCGAACCAGGCUGGUUUGAUCUCGAGGAAUCCGUGCGCCGCACCAUCCACUGGAUUGACGAAGCUGGCCAUGCGGGCUGCAAGUUCAUUGCGUUUCCGGAACUAUGGAUCCCAGGCUACGUCUACUGGGCUUGGAAGGUCAACUACCAGGAGAGUCUUCCCCUGCUGAAGAAAUACCGCGAGAACAGCCUCCCCUCCAAUUCGGACGAGAUGCGUCGCAUCCGCGAGGCUGCCAGACGCAACAGGAUCUUCGUGUCCCUGGGCUACUCGGAGGUCGAUUUUGCGAGUCUGUAUAUCUCGCAGGUGCUGAUCUCCCCCACAGGCGAUAUCCUCAACCACCGCCGCAAGAUCAAGGCGACGCAUGUCGAGCGCCUUGUUUUUGGCGACGGUACUGGCGACACCACUGAGUCUGUUGUCGAGACGGAGAUUGGCCGCGUCGGCCAGCUCAAUUGCUGGGAGAAUAUGAAUCCGUUUCUCAAGGCGUAUGCUGCGUCGCUUGGCGAGCAGGUUCAUGUCGCGGCGUGGCCGCUCUAUCCGGGAGUGGAAACGCUGAAGUAUCCGGAUCCGUAUACGAAUAUCGCUGAGGCGAAUGCUGAUCUCGUCACCCCGGCCUAUGCCAUCGAAACCGGAACGUUCACGCUGGCCCCCUGGCAGACCAUCACGGCCGAGGGCAUCAAGCUCAACACGCCUCCUGGCAAGGAGCUGGAGGAUCCGCACAUCUACAACGGUCAUGGUCGGAUCUUUGGGCCGGAUGGGCAGAAUCUGGUUCCUCAUCCGGAUAAGGAUUUCCAAGGCCUUCUUAUUGUUGAUAUUGAUCUCGAUGAGACGCAUCUGUCAAAGUCGCUUGCUGACUUUCUGACAUUUGACCAUACACAGGGCGGACACUAUAUGCGUCCAGAUUUGAUCCGCCUUCUCGUCGACACCAAUCGAAAAGACCUGGUUGUGCAUGAGGAUCGACAGAACGGGGGAGUUGUGUAUACGAAGACGGUUGAUCGGGUUGGACUGUCGAGUCCGUUGCAUGUCGUCUCAACUCCUGCUGCUAGCGAGGAGAAUUGA